CUUGCUGUGGCAACUAAGGCUCUGGUACUUCAUGGAGUUCAGGGACCUUUGAAACCAGAAAUUACCAUAACUUACAUUGCUGUUUCAGCUAUAUUCUUUAACAGUGGACUCUCCUUAAAAACUGAGGAGCUGACAAGUGCUUUGAUGCAUGUGAAACUACACCUUUUUGUCCAGAUUUUUACACUUGUGUUCUUCCCAACAGCAAUAUGGCUCUUUCUUCAGCUAUUAUCAAUCACACCUAUAAAUGAAUGGCUUUUAAAAGGCUUACAGACAGUAGGCUGCAUGCCACCUCCUGUGUCUUCUGCAGUGAUUUUAACCAAAGCUGUUGGUGGGAAUGAGGCAGCUGCUAUAUUUAAUUCUGCUUUUGGAAGUUUUUUGGGCAUUGUUAUAACUCCACUUCUGCUUCUGCUUUUUAUUGUCCGAAGGUACAUCAAGGACUGGCUUGAAAGGAAGAAGCCUCCAUUUGGCGCUAUCAGCAGCUGUGUGCUCCUGAUGAUCAUCUACACAACAUUCUGUGAUACUUUCGCCAAUCCAAAUAUUGACCUUGAUAAAUUUAGCUUGAUUAUAAUAGUGUUCAUAAUAUUUUCUGUUCAGAUGAGCUUCAUGUUUUUGACUUUCCUCUUCUCUACAAGGAAUAACUCUAGUUUCACACCAGCAGACACAGUGGCUAUCAUUUUCUGUUCCACACACAAAUCCCUCACCCUGGGGAUUCCAAUGCUGAAGAUAGUAUUUGCGGGUUAUGAGCACCUGUCCUUAAUUUCCGUCCCCUUACUCAUCUAUCAUCCUGCUCAGAUUCUUCUUGGCAGUCUGUUGGUACCAACAAUAAAAUCUUGGAUGGUUUCUAGGCAAAAGGCACUGAAGUUAACCAGGCAGCCCAAAGCACCCGUGAAGGUAUAAUUAUGGAGAUGGCCUGUGUCACAGUGAAUGUAUAUAUGUACUAUACUGUACACACAGACAAUUGAGACAACUGGGUAUUUGUGAAUGUUGCUUCAGUGCAUAUUUAAUUUUUAUAUAUAUACUUCAGUGCAUAUUUUAUUUUUAUAUAUAUAUAUUAAAAAGAUACCUGUUAAGUGCCUUACAGAUGCAUUUUUGGCAAAAGCAUUGUUUCCAGAAGCCACUUUGUUGGUUACUGCAAGAGGUUGUACAGUAUUUUGGAGUCGUUUAGUUUUUAUUUUUCUAACCAAGCUGUUUCUUCCAUUGCCCCUGUUUUGAAGCCAGGGCGCGUCAGCUUAAGUCUCUGUUUUAAACUAGCCAAAAUGACCAGAAGCCUAUCCCACUGCUGGCUUACCCUGGGGAAGAGCUUUCUGAAGGUUUUUUUUCCAAGAUUGACUUGAAUUUCUGUGUGACUGUUACACUCCCUAGUCAUAUGACUGUGACAUGCCUUUUUCUUCUGAGUUUGUGUAUACUCAGCAUGGGGCCAUCCAUUGGAUAGAAGCUGAGAAACAUGAAUUAUUUGCAUUUGUUGACACAGUUGUCUAGACAUUCCUUCAAAGUUAAUGGUUUCUCAAGAAAAUUCUUUCAAUUCCAUUGUAUGAUAUUGUGCCAUUGUAUAUCUUAAAUGCCUCGUAAGCUUCUUCAAAGAAUUGGUCUGGUGCUUGGGUUAUGAGUGAAGUAUUUGUGUUUGCAGCUAGGAGAUCUUUUAUAAUUUACCCCUGAAGAACACAAAUUUCUCUUUUUCUUUUUUCUUUUCCUU